GGGCCCUGGGGGAGGAGGAGCCCGCAGGGGUCGGGAGGGACCGGGAGGGACCGGCAGGGGAUUGGGCAGGGGUCGGGAGGGGUCGGUCCGAGGCGGGGCCGGAGUCCGGGUCGGUGCGCUGAGGGCGGCGCUGGGCACGGGGUGGGGGAACUGGCUGGGGUGGCACCCGGAACGGUGCGCUGCGGGGCGCUGCCGGGCCCGGGGGCAGUGGUGGAGGCGGUGCCGGGGGCCGGUUCGGCGCGAGGGCGGUGCCCGGGGCGGGGGCGGGGGGUGGUCUCAGCCUCAGUCGAGGUCGCGGGCAUGAGCUGCGGGGCGACCCCGCGGCUGCGAGUCCUGCAGCGACACCUGCGCUCCCUGGAGGCCAGCAGGGUAAGGCUGCUCCCCCACCACUCACCCCUGCCCUCUCUGAUGGCCCAGGGUCCCAGCAUGGAACCCACAACGAGCCCACUGACCACACACGUGCUGGACACCGCCUCCGGGGUCCCAGCCCAGGGUCUUUGCCUGCGACUGUCCAGGCUUGAGGACCAUGGCCAGCUUUGGACAGAGCUGCGGAAAAGCUACACCAACCCAGAUGGCCGCUGCCCUGGGCUCAUGUCCCCCGGCCAGAUGAAGGUGGGCACCUACAAGCUGUUCUUUGACACGGAGAGCUACUGGAGGGAGAGAGGGCUGGAGAGCUUCUACCCGUAUGUGGAGAUUGUCUUCACCAUCACAGAUGAGACCCACAAGUUUCAUGUGCCCCUACUGCUGAGCCCGUGGUCCUACACCACCUACCGAGGGAGCUAGAGCCCAUGCCAUCUUCUCCGCCUGAUCGCCAGCUGGCCUGCAUACACAGACCCCACCCCCCAGCCCUCGACAGAACGGGCUUUGUGUUCCUCACCAGGUUUCAGGUGCUGCCCUGGGGACCAAGGGAAUAAAGAUGCUGGGAUCUUC